AUGAGCUUCUUCCGUAAGAAGUCGGGUUUGCCCGCAGCUGGACGUCCCAAACCAGCUAGUCAACCUGAAAGACAACAACUCAGUGCCCAGAACUUUCGGCAGGGUCUAGAGUUGCUGGAUGUCGAAUUUGAGAAGUCGGAACUUCUAAGUGCUCUGGCACCAGUCAGGAUUAUGUCUACCGGCGGCUUCCUCGCGAUAGCCUAUUUUAAGAACCGGGAGUCUACAGUCGAUCUAGACUACUGCCUAGACCCGGAGUUGUUUGAUAAUGAGGAUGUAAAGGAGGACAUCCGCAUCGCCGCUGAAGCUGUUGCAAGGCAACUCGCCUUCCCGUCCAGUUGGUUCAACGACGAGAUGACUAUAUUCGCGAGCCGUUCAAUCCGGCCGAAGCUAUUCCAAGAUUCCUUAGACCAGGGCGUCGUGAUAUGGCAGGGGAACCGGCUGAUAGUUUAUGCCGUGGAGUUUGAGUUUGCGCUGGAGAGAAAAAUCAGACGAUUGUCGUACGCUUCGACUGGACGAAGCUCUGAUAUUAGCGACGCGGUCGCUAUCCUCCAUUUUCUAGUGGGGCAGAAUGGUGACCGACCGCUAGACCGUGACCAUAUAAGGCAGCUGAACCGUAACGGGUUUGACGUGUUGCUUGAUGAAGGUACUUUAGAUGUGGUCGAGCAUAUAUAUUGGCAGACGUACAACAAAAGCGUCUUCGAUGAGAGGUAG